AUGUCUAAAGCCAUUCUCUCUCUCAUCAAACCCCGGUACCACCCCCAACCCAAGCCCCAAAUCACUCCCCACAUCUCAAAAAUCGCACUCCAAGUCUGCCAUAUACUGAGAAGCCAGGACCAAAAAUGGGAAGAAACCCUCCUUAAUCGACUGUCGGAGGAGGAAAUCGCGCCUUCUGAAGUUGCCCACGCUGUGUUCGACAAAAUCCGCGACUGCGAAUUGGGCCUCAGAUUCUUCACUUUCGUCUCCCGGAACAAUUUCCCCCUCCAAGGGCCCGCUUAUUCGGCCCUUCUCAAGCUCUUGGCCCGCUCCAAAUUGUUCGAAGAAACAGAGAACGUGCUGCUAGACUGCACGAGGUGCAAAGAGAAACUACCCACUCGUGAGGCUUUGGAUGUCGUCAUCCGUGCUUAUGCUGACUCGGGUUUAGUAUCUAAGGCUCUCGAUUUAUACUCGUUUGUGCUGAGAACCUUCAAUUCUGUUCCCGAUUUGUUGGCCUGUAAUUCCUUGCUCAACGGGCUAGUUAAGGAUGGAAACAUGAAGGACGCACGGUACGUGUUUGACGAAAUGGUGAGGAGAGAUAGUUGUGGUGAUAGUUUCUGUAUUGAUAAUUACAGCGUAUGUAUUAUGGUGAGAGGGCUGUGUCGAGAAGGUCAAGUCGAGAAAGGUCGAAGGCUGAUUGAGAAAAGGUGGGGGAAAGGUUGCAUCCCAAAUAUUGUUUUCUAUAAUACUCUCAUUGAUGGCUAUUGCAGGAGAGGUGAUGUCGAGAGAGCUUACGGUCUUCUGGAGGACUUGAAAGCAAAGGGUUUCUUGCCUACAGAACAGACGUACGGUGCAAUUAUAAAUGGUUUUUGCAGAAGAGGAGAUUUUAACAGGGUUGAUCAAUUUCUGAAAGAAAUGGAGUCCAGCGGGCUUAAAAUCAAUGCUCAGGUUUAUAAUAACAUCGUGGAAGCUAAGUGCAAGCACGGUUUUGUCGAUGAAGCUGUGGGGAUCACAGGGAAGAUGACCGAAUGCGGGCUCGGGCUUGACAUAGUGACGUACAAUACUUUGAUUUCUAAUGCGUGUAGGAAUGGGAAGGUUAGAGAGGCGGAGAAGCUUCUAGAAGACGCGGUUCGUGGUGGGUUGGCGCCGAACAAGAUGAGUUUUACUCCUCUUGUACACGCUUAUUGUCAGGAAAGAGAUUUCGAACGGGCCUCGGGCUUGCUUGUCCGGAUGACAGAAUGCGGGCAUAAGCCCGAUUUGAUAACCUACGGAGGUCUUAUACAUGGCUUAGUUGCUGCUGGAGAUAUCAAAGCUGCACUAACGAUUAAAGACAAGAUGGUGGAAAGGAGAUUGUCACUCGACCAGUGCAUUUACAAUGUUUUGAUGAGCGGACUCUUUAAAAGGGGCCUUUUAUUGGAUGCCAGGCAGCUUCUUGUUGAGAUGCUUGGCCUGAAUCUAUCACCGGAUGCACAUGUAUAUGCCACUUUAGUGGAUGGGUAUAUCCGAAAUCAUAAGUUUGAAGAUGCAAAAAAAUUUUUUGAUGAUAUAAUCAAAAGGGGUGUCAACCCUGGGCUUGUUGUGUACAAUGCUAUGAUGAAGGGCUACUGCAAGUUUGGGACGAUGAAAGAUGCAGUCUUUUGCAUUAAAAAAAUGAUUGAAAGAAAAAUUAUUCCUGAUGAGUAUACUUAUUCUACGGUGGUAGACGGAUACACGAAGCAGAAUGAUUUAUCCGGUGCAUUAGCUGUAUUUUGCUGUGCAUUUAAACGAAAUCGUGCAUCAAAUGCCGUAAUUUAUACUUCCCUUAUUGGUGGGUUUUGUAGUCUUGGGGAUAUUGAUGGAGCAAAAAGAAUUUUUGAAGGGAUGCUACUAAACGGUAUAAAACCAAAUGUUGUGACUUAUACUGUACUUAUAGGUAGCUGUUGCAAAGCAGGGGAACUCACGAAAGCAUCCUCGUUCUUUGAGAAAAUGCUGAUGUGCAAGUGUAGUCCCAAUGAUGUGACUUAUCAUUAUUUGGUUAAUGGAUUAUUGAACAAUGUCGGUUUCGUCAUUAGUGAAUCAGAUGUUAAUAAGCCUAUGCUCCUUGAUAUUUUUGGGAGAUUAGUAUCAGACAGCUGGCUGGCCAUAUCUGCUGCGUAUAUCUCAAUCAUUGCUUGUCUCUGUUUAAAAGGGAUGCUUGGAGAUGCAUUGAAGUUAAUCGAUAACAUGGUGAGAAAACGGCUUAUUUUAGAUUCAGUGAUUCUGGCUGCUUUAUUGCACGGUGUUUGUAUGGCAGGAAAGUCUAAUGAAUGGAGGAAUGUGAUUACUAUUAAGCCCGAGUUGUUUGAUCCAAAUAUUGACGCUGCUUUGAAAUACCUGUCGGUAUUUGAUUGCUACUCGACUCACAAAGUGACUAGGGAAGUUUCGGGGAUUUUGCAUGACUUGCUUGAAGAAUGGAAAUCAAGCGAGAGAAGGAUUUGUGGAUCGUGA